GACGCGCCUACCUCCGCCGUUGGGACCGACUGGAGGUCUGGAAACAUGUGCCAUGGCACGGUCGACGUGGCUACGGGUACUACACUCUCAAAUGGGGUAAUGCUGGAGGCCUCCCUUCGCGCUGCCGAGCCGGGCGGCAGCGGAACCAAACGGAGCGGCGCCGACCACGGGUCCCCCAGCAGGAUCCCCAGCUCUGAGGCCUCCCUUCGCGCUGCCAAGCCGGGCGGCAGUGGAACCGAGCAAAGAGGCGCCGACCACAGGUCCCCCAGCAGGAUCCCCAGCUCUGAGGCCUCCCUUCGCGCUGCCAAGCAAGCCGGGCGGCAGCGAACCAAACAGAGCGGCGCCGACCACAGGUCCCCCAGCAGGCUAGGAGCCCCAGCCCCGAGGUGAGCAUGCUGGUGUCGCAGCCCUCGCACCCUUCUGCGGUGCAGCAUCUUGUUUAUUGCUGGCCGCGGCCGAAGGAGUGUCCUAUCCAUCAGUGUGCGCCCCUCCCCGCUCCAACACGCACUUACUUUGCCAUUUACAAACGCUGCCGCCCCGCCCCGGCCUCCACCCCUCUCCCCCGCCCAUUCCCGCACUCUGCUUCCAUACAUGCAGGCCUCCCUUCGCGCUGCCAAGCAAGCCGGGCGGCAGUGGAACCGAGCGAAGAGGCGCCGACCACAGGUCCCCCAGCAGGAGCCCCAGCCCCGAGGUGAGCAUGCUGGUGUCGCAGCCCUCGCACCCUUCUGCGGUGCAGCAUCUUGUUUAUUGCUGGCCGCGUCCGAAGGAGGGCCCUAUCCAUCAGGAGCGCCUUGUAGAUUAGGGACAGCGAGUGGCAGGGUGAUUGAGAGGGACGUCGUGCUCGGGACAGCACCCCAGCUAACUGGUCUCCUCAACCGAUGCAACCCCCCCCCCCCACACACACACACAUGCACGCAUUCUUACUUUACCCACCUCCCUCCCCAUGCAGCCCACACAUGCAUGCAAGUACCCCCGUACUCGCCCCCUCACCCCAUGCAACCAACAUACGCACCCAUGCAAGCACGUUCCUACUCGCGGCCAGUUUUCUCAACACAUGAAAGCAAGCCCGCUUUACUCACCCCCUCACCACCUGUAGCCCACACACACAUUCCAGCUUAAAGCGCCCUCUCGCCCCAAUCCGCCCACACACGCAUGCAAGCACGCUCGCUCAACUCGUCCCCUCACUCAAUGCAACCCGAGCACGAAGGCAUGCAAGCACUCCAACAAUAAUCGUCCCCUUGCCCCGUGCAACCUGCAUACACAUGCACGCAAUCCUGCUUCACACACCCCAUCACCCCAUGCAACUCAGACACGCAUGCAUGCAAGCACUCCUACAUUAGUCGCCCCAUUGCCCCAUGCAAUUCAAACCCAAACGCAUGGAAGCACUCCCACAUUACACGUCCCCGCGCCCCUUGUAGCCCCCACACGCAUGCACGCACUCCCGCUCACACAUCUUUUCACCCCAUGCAACCCACGCACGUGCGCAAGCCAGCACUCUCACAAUACUCGCCCCCUCGUCCCGUGCAACCCACGAACGCUUGCACGCACCCCCUCUUCAAGUGCCCCCUCGCCCCAUGCAACUCAGACACGCAUGCAUGCAAGCACUCCCACAUUACACGUCCCCUUGUAGCCCCCACACGCAUGCACGCUUUACUCGCCUAUUCACCCCAUGCAUCCCACGCACACACGCAUGCCAGCACUCUGACAGUACAUGCCCCCUCAUCCCGUGCGGCCCACACACGCUCAACAUUCCCGCUUCAAGCGCCCUCUCGACACAUGCAGCCGAACGCAUUAGCACUCCCACAUUACUCGCCCCAUGCAUCCUGCUUCACGUGCCCCCUCGUCCCGAGCAACCCACACACGCACACCCCAUGCAACCCAUACAUGCACGCCUUCAAGCCCCACAACUUUACUCACCGCCUCACAACCUGCAACCCACACACGAAUGCAAGCACCCCCGCUUUACUCGCCCCCUCGUCCCGUGCAACCCGCACACGCAUGCAUGCACUCCAGCUUUACGCGCCCCUCACCCCAUGUGCAACUCAGGCACGCAUGCAUGCAAGCACUCCCACAGUAAUCGCUUCAUCGAACACAUGCCCAAAGGAAACCAAACAAGGGACGAAACACGCAAAACCCAAAUCACACCCAAACUCUACACCACGCCCCACACAAGUUGCGACGGCCCCCCCCAGGCGUGCCCCGCCAUGUUAACUUAAGUUUUGGAUAUGUAAGAAACAUAUGGCCGCUUUCUGACAUGGCAGAAUGGCCGAGUGGUCUAAGGCGCUGUGUUUAGGUUCAUAAACCCCGCAGUCCGAAAGGGCGCAGGUUCGAACCCUGCUUCUGUCAAAGUUUUGGUUUUACCCGUGCCAAGCAAGAGGAAUUAGGCUAGGCAGGCGGGGAGGGGUUCUGACCUGUUUUUUGCCAAACAGCAUGCUAAGACGUCAGGAAAAGGGUGCAGGGGGGAAAACCCCGGGCUUACGGCGGGGGCCGACAGUGGGCCCAGCAAUCCCAGUGGACACGCAGCAGCUCCUCGACCCAGCCGCCCAAGUAAUGCGUCUUCCGACAUGACGGCCCCAGGGUAGUCGAGCACUGCCCCGGGAUACACCUGCGCAGCGCUGCAACGAGUAAGAAAGGCCCGCAGCACAGGCCGAACCUGAAACAGUAUGCCAAAGGCCUACCGACCUCCGUAACAGGCUGCAAGCCCGGUCCCAGAACGGGAAAGUCCAGCCCCCACGAAGGCGCCGGGUCGGCGGACCCGUUGCCGGGAAACCCAAGGUCAACAGCCGUUCCCGGAUGCAGAGGAAUAUUUUCCGUUAUGCCCUGAGUGUAGGCCCGAAGGAAUUACUCGAGGUAGAUUACAUACAUAGGGCGCUCGCUACCCCUUACCGCCACAGAAAAGUUCAGUGCUCCAGGUGGAGAAGCCGGAAGGCAUCUUAACAAACUAACGAACUCGUCGUAUGAGAGGCCCGCUACUCCGUUCGUGCACACCCCUGCACCUGCAUGCUUGACUCUUCUCCCUCUUGGUUGCCCCACCCAUAUCUAACACUGGAUGCUGGCAAUAAGACAUGGUGUUUAUACAGUCAUUUAUGGUAUAUUUACGUCGUGUUUUGCUAAGAAAGGGUCUCGCACGAUGCAUACUGUGUACGUCAGGCUAGUUAGGGUCUUUCAUAAGCACAUUAUUGCCGCCGGCAAACAUACAGCAUGAAUGAUAUACAUAUAUAUAAACAUAUAUACAUAUAUAUAUGUGUGUGUGUCUUCCUUCCACUUGCCAGGUAUAAGGUGCAGAAUAACAUGCCUGGAAAUUAAAGGAAAAUGCGACUGGGACAUGCAUGCCGGCACAUAAUGUUUCAGUGCAACUCCAGUUACAUAUCUGAAAGCAUUUAGGAAUCCCAUCGUAAUUAAUAAAGCAUUUGGGGCAGGGUGCAUCACAUUGCUGCACACUUUCUAUCUUACCCCUGGACUACAAAAAUCGUAAAUUGUAAUCGCAGACACCAUAGUAGUGUGCAAAAGCGCCUCUCGUGGGGGUCGAACCCACGACCACAAGGUUGCAUUCUGUUUGCGAUCUGCUUUCUUAAAAGCCUUGCGCUCUACCACUGAGCUAGAGAGGCGUAGUGUCCUACAUGGUUGCUACCCUCCUUUAUAGGGCGUGGGUGAUGUUUGGCCCGCCCAUGGUUCCUCGCGCUACGCGAGGCCCAAGCCAGGGAAGCAAGGGAACACCCUAAGUGACACCCCGGCAAAGUAUCCUAAGCAUUCUAAACCGCCAUUACAUUUGCGCAUUCCAGCC